AUGCCCCCGCAAGCUGAGGACAAGCGCCAGGCCGCCCGCGAAGUCAUCGACAUUCUUCACGAAAUCUCAACCCUCCUGAACACGAAUCUGGACCGAACAGAGCUCUCCCUCUGUGUGUCUCUCAUCGAAAAUGGAGUCAAUCCUGACGCCCUGGCGACUGUUAUAACUGAUCUUAGGAAGGAAGCUGCGGCAACCUCGCGCGGUCUUGCGAAUAAGCACUCCAUGCCUGAAUAA